UAGUAAUAUUUUGUCGAGAGAUUAUUUAAUACUAAUAAUUGGUGUCCUUUUCUUUUGGGUUAAUUUCAUUGUUAAGAAUUACACAGCAGAGCUAUUCGCAUCUGUGAGUAGACAAAAAAAGGAAAUCCGUAAAUAUAAGACGGCUACACGCACACACACACACACACUCUCCCCCUCUCUCUUUCUAUCUCUCUCCCUCCCCCUCCAACUAUCCCUCAUCGGAAUUCUCUCUCUCUCUCAAAAGAGGCAAGAACCCACUGCAUCUCCGCCGGGGCAAUGGAGGAUCAGCUGCGGCUGUUUGUGGAUGAGACGUCGUGGUACAACGACGUCGUUUUGGGGGCGGUGCUGCCGGCGAAGUGGUGGGCCCCACUCCCCCACUUCUACAGAGGCUGGCUGCGGAACUACAUUGGCGGGACCUUGCUGUACCUGGUGUCCGGGAUCUUAUGGUGUUUCUAUAUCUACUACUUGAAGCGCAACGUCUAUCUUCCUAAAGAUGCCAUUCCUACUCGAAAAGCCAUGCUUUUGCAGAUAAAGGUUGCCAUGAAAGCUAUGCCAUGGUACUGUGCUCUUCCGACAAUCUCUGAAUACAUGAUCGAACAUGGAUGGACCAAAAGCUUUCCAAGGAUAAGUGAUGUUGGCUUCGUUGAAUACCUCUGCUAUAUGUCAGUCUAUCUUAUUAUUGUGGAAUUUGGAAUAUACUGGAUGCAUAGAGAGCUGCAUGACAUAAAGCCUCUCUAUAAGUAUCUUCACGCCACACAUCACAUUUAUAACAAGCAAAAUACACUCUCCCCAUUUGCUGGUCUGGCAUUCCACCCACUGGAUGGUAUACUGCAGGCAGUGCCCCAUGUGAUAGCUCUCUUCCUGGUGCCAAUGCAUUUCACGUCGCACAUAGCCCUUCUGUUCAUAGAGGCCCUGUGGACUGCCAAUAUUCACGACUGCAUACACGGACAAAUAUGGCCUGUAAUGGGCGCUGGCUACCACACAAUUCACCACACUACGUAUCGCCAUAACUAUGGCCACUACACAAUAUGGAUGGACUGGAUGUUCGGAACUCUACGUGAUCCGCUGGAAGAUGAUGCCAAGAAGAUAUAAUGCUCGUUGCUGCUAAUAGGGUCCUAGAGUUAGUUCUCUUCUUUCCUUUAGAUAAUUCAUGAGGGAAAAAAAAAGUAUUAUCUUUUGCAUGCUCCAGAUGUACAUUUUGUCAAUUACUGGUUGGUUUUUCUUUUCAAGAAUUCGUUCUAGUUCUAGAGUGAGUGAGGGGGGGGGGGGGGGAAUUUGUGGAAUUUAUGGGACCCUUUUAUUUGCAUUUGCUUUGAUUCUAUCAUUCCAGAACUGGUAAAAGAAGAAAUGUGAUGUUUUCCCUCUCUCUCUCAAACAAUAUAACGUCGCUAAGAUGAUGGGUUGUAAUAAGCAGUAGCCAGUAAGACAAUUGGACCAAAUGAUCCAGGCUGUAGUAUGGUUGGAGAUCUGAUUUGCAAUACAAAUAUUGUUUGUCGUAUUGUCAAGA